AUGUUCACACUAGUACUGGUACUGUACUUGUUUGGUUUGACGACUGCAUUCGUAAAUGCGGAGAAACCAAACUUUAUCAAUGGAGACCCGAGGACAUGUUAUGAUGGAAAGGGAGAAAAGCCUUUAAUGUUCGAAGUUCUUCCAGGAUUUGGUUGGGAUAACCUCGUCAACGAAAACCGUGGCGUUGUUGUGAAUUUCAAUUAUUCAAAAUGCAAGACAACAGAAGACAGGCGUUAUCUUCUUCCAGACGCGAUUGUUACUAUUCCUGUCAAGACAAGUCAAAUGAACGUUUUUUCCAAGUUGUAUGACCACUGGUCUCAAUAUGAAUCAGACACGGCGAAUUCAAUUAACAUUGGUGCAUCGGGACACAAAAUGGGAGUAAAAAUUGCUGCAAGUUUUUCUUCUGAACAUGAACACAUUAGGAAACACCAGUUGGAAGAUAAGUCGUUUACUACCAAAGUACAGGUUAAAUUUGUUAGAUACACAGCCAAAGUUCUUCCAGAUAUACAGCUUGAUCAGUCUUUCCGCAACCGUCUGCUCAAAAUCGCCGGUCGUAUACACCAAAACCGGAAAUUUUCUACGAAAUACGAGAGCGAACUACUAGUCCGCGAUUUUGGUACGCAUGUUCUAACUAGUGUUGACGCUGGGGCUUCCAUUGUCAAAGUGGAUCAAGUAGAUUCCUCUUUCCUUGAAGAUACUACAACAAACCGAGAAAAUAUUGGGUUUUCAGCAAGCAUUUCCCUUCCAGGUAUAGUAAGUGAGAGUAUAAAGAAUAAGUUUUCAAACACAAAAGUGGAACUUGAAAAGUACAUGAAGAAUGUCAAAAAUUCCGAUAUAAGGACUUAUGGUGGACCACCCAUGAAUCCGGAAAAUUUCACGCUGAGCGAAUGGACAACUACCAUCGGGAAUGAUUUGGUUGCUGUUGACAGGAAUGGGUUUCCUCUCGACUACGUGAUCUCAACGACAACAUUCCCUGAGCUAUCUGAGAGCUUGGUUGAAGAACUUGUUCAGAGUGUUCGAAAAGCAAUUUUAUCCUACUUCAAACAUAAUACAUAUCCAGGAUGUACAAACCCUAAUGCACCUAACUUUAGCAAAAUUUCAAAUCUGGACGACGGCUCAUGUCACGAACCAUUUACUAAUCUAAGCUUCGGAGGAGUUUAUCAAGAGUGCAACUUCCAUGGAACUCUUAUUGACAAUGAAAACAUGUGUGACAGUCUUGCAACCAACAAUCCUCAAACCCAGGCAUUUGCGUGUCCAGAGGGAUUUGAAAAAGUUCCCCUCCACGAAGGCAUAACACACAAAUCUCAGCAUCAGCACCAAUGUCGCAGAUGCUGGGCAUUCUUUCACUGCUGUCACGAUCAAUCCUACUACGCCUCAGCAACAUAUAAGUCGUUCUGGUGUCGAGCAAAACCAGACUCUCUAGUACGUGAAGAUAUUGGAUUCCUAUUUGGCGGACUGUAUUCGGACAGAACAACUAACUUUGUCACACAAACAAAAUCAUGUCCACAGUAUUUCAAUCCAGUGAUGAUAACAUCGAACGUUAGGGUUUGCAUAAGUGAUGACUACGAACAUGGCAAAACGUUUGCAGUGCCUUUUGGUGGGUUCUACAGUUGCAGAAAUGGAAAUCCCUUCGUAAAUGGAACAGUCAAUAAAACAUGUCCUAAAGGAUUUAGCAAUCAUUUGGCUACUAUCGACGUAGAUUGUGAAAUUCAGUAUUGUGUGCGGACUGAUCAAUUUUCGGAAUCAAAAUUCCCAACCGUUCAGAUCCCGCCAUUUUCCGUCGUCCCAGCAGAAAGUAUUAAAGAGGCGGCUCAUUUCAUUAUUUCUCAUAACUCUGAAAAUUGGGUUCAACUUGUUGAUCCUAAAAUUGAAGGUAAAUCACCAGAAGAGUCAACAUGGACAACUCUGAACUCGGCACCAACAGAAAUGAAAAAUUUAUUGAAGAAGUUUACAUCCAACGUCAAACUAAAUGAUCAGUCGGGAAUGUCAAAGAUCACAAUUGCAGGUUUGACUGUUGGUGUGACAACUGCUGUCUGUGGUAUCGUCGGUAUAGCCAUUGCUGUGUGGUGUAAUCGCAAACACAAACGAGAAUAUAAAAACUUUGAAUAGGCCUUAGUAGACUUGAAUUUGUUGAUAAAACAUUUUUUCAAGCUCUACAAAGUUAGCAAAAUGAAUCAGACACAUAUCGCGCUUUUAGAAUGCUUAUAUGUUCUUCUCAAAAAAAAUCUUCACAAAUGUUCAUAUAAAUAUAAAUCUUCAUCAAACUUUGAACCCCUUGUGUGACCCAAGAGUUAUCUAUGACCAUAGUCUAAACAACUGAAAAUCAACAAAUAGUUAUAUGCUUGAUUAAACUAUAUACAAUAUAUUUUUGCAUGAGAAUGAUCAAAUUUUUUUUUUCUUUGUUAAACUAUUUGACCACCCCCUUCGUUAUAAUCUCAUCUUUAUUUGAUUUUUUUCUAUAUAUAUUAAACCACCUGAGGAUGCUUCUAAUGAAGUACAUGGUCACAGCUCUUCUGCUUCACUUUUUCUGUACAUUCCUGUGUAAAAAUUUGACCCCAUGGUAGCCAACCAAUCUCCAAGAAUCAUGAUUGGAACAACCUUAAAUCUACACAACCUGAGGAUGCUUCCACACAAGUUUCAGCUUUUAUUGCCAAUUGGUUUUUGAGAAGAAGAUUUUUUUAAGGUUUUUCUUGAUAUACCCUCGGUGGUGGCAUCACCGUACCCCCAGGAAUCAUGAUUUGAACAAACUUGAAUCUACACUUACUGAGGAUGCGUGCAUAUCUUAAGAUUAGGUGCCUUGGAGGAAUAUGCAUCCUCUGAAAACCGGUCGCACCCACCCUGUACUCAUUGUCAUGAUCAUGAAAAUCGGAAGAAACCAUUGUCUGUCAGAUAUCAAAAAGCAAAAUACAGAUCCUAUUGAAAAAACCAUAAAUCUUUCAGAAGUGGUUGAUUUGUUUCUGUUUGCCUGCCUUUUGUCUUUUACAUUAUCAUUUAUUAUGAUUGAAAGGUGAACAAAAUUUUCUAGUAUAAACUGGGGUUUUUUU